AAUGCACCUCCACUCAAUCCUACUCCCAAUGAAUGCUAUAUAUGACACCACAAAACAUCGAUAGCGAUCUCUCACACUCUCAAAAAUCUAGAAACAUACCACAAAGCUAAAGCCAUUUACCAAUACCAGCCAGUUCCAACUUUCAACCAAAUCUCCUCCUCUAACUAAUCCCCUAUUGCCGGAAACCACCCUCUUCCAACACCCUCCAAACCACCAUUAUGUCGGCCAAGGACUGCGGCCACUACGAGCAUGAGAAACAGAAGCUCUUCCGCCGCCUAUUCGUGGCCUUACUCGCCUUCAUCAUCCUCAUUCUCUUCAUCAUUCUCCUUGUAUGGCUCAUCCUACGUCCCACAAAACCACACUUCCUCCUACAAGACGCCACCGUUUACGCCUUCAACGUCUCAGCUCCCAACUUGCUCACGUCCGACUUCCAAAUCACGCUUUCUUCUCGCAACCCCAAUGACCGUAUUGGCAUUUAUUACGAUAGACUUGAUGCCUAUGCAUCCUACCGUGGCCAACAAAUCACGUUGCCAACUUUGCUGCCUUCUACUUACCAGGGUCACAAGGAUAUUACGGUUUGGUCCCCAUUCUUGUAUGGAAAUUCAGUUCCUAUUGCACCAUAUUAUACCGAUGCUUUAACUCAAGAUCAAUUUGCUGGGACGGUUUUGAUCAACAUUAAAGUUAAUGGAAGAGUUAGAUGGAAAGUUGGUACGUUUAUCUCUGGAAGAUACCGUUUAUACGUUAAUUGUCCUGCCUAUAUAAAUCUUGGAAAUCGGAAUUCUGGCAUUAUGGUUGGACCAGCGAUUAAGUAUCAAUUGGUGCAGAGCUGCCAUGUUGAUGUUUGAACGAGUUCCAAUUUCGUGGGCUCAACCGCUCAAGGUGAAGAGUUAUUUCCACUAUCUUUUCUUUUCAUCCAAUUCGAGGAAUUAAAUUCUUGUCAAUUGGAGAUUAUGUAUGAAUUUACAGUGGUUAAUUUUAACCCCUUUUACUCAAUUUGAAGUUUAAAUUUUUAUAUUUGUAGUAUGUACAAUGUAAUUGGUGGAGAAAAAAAGAAAUGUUUCAUGAAUUAAUGGAGCUGCCCCACCGACAAA